AUGUUGUCAGAUCGCAGAGCUCUCACAAGCAGCAGCCCACGCUCGUCCGAAGAGACAAUGACCAACAUUGACUCUCCUGACACCAAGUUGACUGCAUAUUCGCCCGAGCAACUACGCGGCCCAUUUCACUCUCACCCCAAGAGGAACGCUACUCAGUCGCUUGGAGGCAUGAACAGCUUCUCCAUCGCCCCUGCCGUGGAUCCAUUUGGUGGGCCUGAAUACUCUGUUCAGCCAUCCCAGUUCUCUCCCAGCUCUUUAAACUUUCAGCCUUUUGGUCUUGGUCGCAGCGAGCAAGGCAUUGCCAACGAACCUUCAGUUGGAAGGAUUGAUUACACUGGUCUCCCAACCCCAAACACUGGCUCGCACUCCAACAAGUUUCGCCUUAGCGAAGGAGCUAUUCCAAUCAGUCCUCUGUUUGAAGCAAAGGUUGGCUCUGGCUCUCUUCGAGGCAAUGUUGGACCUAUUUAUCCUGCUCCAAAGAGCCGUGCGUUUGCUGUGGAAGGUGUCUCCCCAACCGUGUCGCAUCUGGCUGUGGCGAGUCUCUUUACCCGUCGAGAAUUUGAGAGUAUCCAGGGGCCUGACCUCUCGGACCUCCACUCCAUUGGUAGGUUUGUGGUGGGUUUCGCAGAUUUUCGCGAUACCCAAAAGGCCUUGGAGAAAUUGAGAAUCAUUCACCCAGGAUGGCAAGUUAUUCCUUUGACUGCUCGCGAGCAUGCACAGGAGUCCAAGCAUGCUAUUGAAUGCUCGUCUGACUUUGAGGGGCACGUCUCUAUUACUGUUUUGCUUAACGAGCAGCGCCCAGACCUGGACAUGUCAUCCAUCUACUCCACUGUGCAGGGUAUUGCGAGAAGCUUUGGUGCGAUCAAUGCAUUCAAGGCAGCAUCGCUGCAGAUUACCAAGGCAAAUGACUUUUUCGUCGAAUUUUGCAAUACUAGAGACGCUGCCAACGCCGUGGCUGUUCUGAACGGUGCUUGCAUUGAGAAUCUUUUUCUGGAAACAAAGCAUAUCCGUCCGGAUAUCGAGUCUUCCCCCAGCAGCUUUUUCAGGCAAGCUAUUCAUGGUAGAGAUGAAUUCUCACCGACAACCGGUUCUAGACAGCAGCCAGAGACCCCGAUUCGCGAUCACCAUGCAGCACUCGUACUAAGUCCCACUGGCCGGUCUACUGUUCCCAUGGAAGACAUUUCAGAACUCAUGGAUAUGCUGUCUCCUGCUCAAAAGCGCUUGAGUCUUGAACACGACGGGACUCAUUUUGCGGACCAGCGUCUGAAGCACCCCCAGAAUGUCGUGGAUAAUGAUCGCAUUCGGCUUGGCCUUGACGUCCGCACUACGAUCAUGCUGCGUAACAUCCCGAACAAAGUUGACCUGCCUCUACUCAAAACUAUUGUUGAUGAGACAAGCUUUGGAAAAUACGACUUUAUGUAUUUGCGCAUUGAUUUUGCCAACAACUGCAAUGUCGGAUAUGCAUUCAUCAAUUUCGAAGAUCCCAUUGACAUUAUUGAUUUUGUCCAAGCCAGGGCAGGACGUACUUGGAACUGCUUUAACAGCGACAAAGUUGCCGAGGUCUCAUAUGCUACAAUCCAGGGACGUGAUUGUUUGGUGCAAAAGUUCAGAAACAGCUCCGUGAUGUUGGAAGAUCCAUCGUUCCGCCCCAAGUUAUUCUACACUGGCAAAGGCCCUCUUGCAGGAACCGAAGAGCCAUUCCCUGGUCCGAACAACAUCUCCAAGAUGCGUCGGAGUGUUGAAAAUGCCGAACAAGUUGGUCUCUUUGCGCCUCGUAUCACUCGUGAUGUUCGACGUGGAGGCCAAGGAAUGCGUUCCCCCACAAGCCAGACUCAGUUUACUCGCAAUGGUCUCUCGCAGCGCCAGGUUUUGCUGAAUGCUACACCAGAGACUUCGCCUAUCUCCCGACGUGAUUUCUAA